AUGGAGAGAAGCCUUGUGAUCCUCAGCGUGGCGAUCGUGGUGCUUGGGCCCCCGGGAUCUGCUGCCGAUUGUGGGAAGCAGGGGCUCCAGAGACGUAUUUUUGGGGGGACCAACGCGGUGCCGGGUGAGUGGCCGUGGCACGCCACGCUGAGCUUCCAGGGCCAGCCACAAUGCGGAGGGAGCCUGAUCUCCGACAGCUGGAUAAUCACGGCUGCUCACUGCUUCUACGGGAACUCCUCUCUACUGGACCCCACGAUGUGGACUGUGAAUCUGGGCUUCUCCAAACUCGGGGACGCGCCAGAGAGCUCUGCGGCCAACGUGACGGCGUCUCACAUACGGAUCCACGAGGACUACACUAACUUCCUGCAGGGAGAGGACUUGGCGCUGGUGAAGCUGUCUCGGCCGGUGGCGUUCACUCGUUUUAUUUCCCCCGUCUGUCUCCCUGAGAAGACGCACAGAUUCCAGCUGCGCAGGACCUGCUACGCCACCGGGCUCCAGGAUGUACCCAGAGGGGUGCCCCUUAACAGCUCUAGGCCACUGCAGAAAGUACCCCAGACCCUGAUCGGAUGGAGAACCUGUAACUGUAUCUACAAUUCCCACGAGAAUGUACAGCUGCCCGACCCUGCGCAGCCGGGUAUGUUGUGUGCAGCAGAAAGCGAUGGAGAAAAGGGGCCUUGCAUGGGGGACUCCGGGGGCCCCGUUGUUUGUAAUGAGGACGGCGUCUGGUUCCUCGCGGGUGUCAUCAGUUUUUCCAAAGGGUGUUACCUCCAGGACAGUCCAAUCGUGAUCACCGCUGUGUCGUCCUAUCAGGACUGGAUCCAGAGCGAAGUGGACACCCCAGCCUCCUUCGCCCCCCAGAACAUCACAGUGACCGACGACGUGGACAACGACGACUGCAGUGACCUCCUCAGCACCAGGAACCCAGGCUGCGGAGUCCCCCAGUUUAAUGUGGACCCAAAUGCUCCGGGUGCUUGGCCGUGGCAGGUGGAUCUGCAGAAGGACGGGGCCCGGGUCUGCGGAGGGACCCUCAUCUCUAACACUUGGGUGAUAACGGCAGCUCAGUGCCUCGUCGGCACUCUUUCAUCAGACUCCCCUCUAGACUGGUCUGUAAUUGUGGCCCCUGGGACCCCGGUAAAGCGUGAGAUCAUGGUGCAGAGGAUAAGCCUCCAUGGGGCCUUUGUAACCCCAGAGGACGGCAAGGAUGCAGCCCUUCUCCAGCUCCAGCAACCCGCUCCGCUAGGACCAUUCACUCAGCCGAUCUGCCUCCCCCGGGCCUCCCACCGCAUGGCCUAUGGCUCUUCCUGCUGGCACACGGGCUGGGAAGGACCUCACCGGGAUGGGAAUGUGACGCCCCCGAGGGCCGUGGAGCUGGAGCUGAUUGGUCCCAACCAAUGUAACUGCAUUUACAGCCAUCCCAGUGCAGCCAAUCACAGUGUGUCUAUCCUUCCCGGCAUGAUCUGCGCCUCCUACCAGGAGCCAGAAGGAAACGGAAGCCGGUGCCUGAGCGAUGUCGGGGGUCCCCUGGUGUGUCAGGAGAACAGUACGUGGUUUCUUGUGGGGCUGAGGAGUUUUGGGGGGCAGUGCUCGGAGAAGGGCAAUUCCACCCUCCCCGGAGUGUUCACUCAGAUUAACACCUACGAGGACUGGAUUGCGAGGGUGGCCAAUGACGCCUUCUUCAACCUCCAGAAAGUGACGCCCCCUAGUGAGCUGGACAUGGAAAGCUGCUCCCAAAACAGCUCCCGAGGUUGUGGUCACCCCGUGGCAUCUCCUGGUUCUGCACCGAAUAAUAAUGCCACAGAGAGGGCAUGGCCGUGGCAGGUCAGCGUGCAGCAGUUUGGCUCCCAUGCCUGUUCUGGGGCUCUCAUAGCCGAGACCUGGGUUCUCACCUCCGCCCACUGCAUGUCCAGCGUGUCAUCGACUGAUUACAUCAUCAUCUUGGGGAGGCAGAGCCAGAGUGGAGCAAACCCUCACGAAGUGACACGCAGGGUCAGAAGGGUCGUCACUCACCCCGAGUACAAGAAAACCUCACGACUGAACGACCUGGCCCUGGUAGAGGUUUACUACGGCGUCACCUUCAGCGACUCCAUUCUGCCCAUCUGCCUCCCACCGGAAGACGUGCCGCCCCCAAGCACCGGGUGCUGGGUCACCGGCUGGGGUAAUCUCGAGCCCUCAGAAAUCUCAUCCUCGUCACUCAGGGAACUCGCGGUGUCUCUUCUGGACACGGAGAAAUGUGGGGGGCACCCGAACGAGACUCAAGCAAACCCCGAUAAACCACUGUGUGCUGCGCAGGAGAGAGGGGGCAACUUUACCUGCCUCAAGGACUCCAGCGCCCCUCUCGUGUGUCAGACGCACCCUGGAGGACCGUGGUUCCUGUUUGGAAUUGGCAGCUCGGUCCCCACCUCUACUGGUCGUCUGUGCCCUGGAAAUUAUACUUCCGUAAACUCCAAGCUGUCCUGGAUCAGAGAGGUGAUUCCGAAGGGGGACUUUGGUCGGUGGUCGGUGACUACAGGCGACGUGGGACGCAUUGACGCGUCGACUACUCCCAGCACCACGAUUGAAAACGCGGCAGAGACUCUACACACAACUGAGAGCCCCCAAGAUUUCGGCACCCGGGGGCCACCCAGCACAGCGUUAUACAAUUCCAACCCAACAACGGAGGGGUACUGUCCGGAGAGCAACGCACUGAGCACAGCGCCCCCCCCGUCCCACCUAACAGCAUCUUCUCACCUUCUUGUGCUAAACCAAAAUGCAAAUACCACUGGGGCAAAACUUUCCGUGGUCUCUUUGGCCUCUGUUUUGUGGCCCCGCUUCUUCACUCAGUUUCUUGUCACUUGCCUUUGUCUGUGGCAUUCUCUGUAACGAGAGACCCCCGCCGGAGGCCGGUCUGAGACCCCAGAGCCCGCGCUGCCGGCCGGCUGGGGUUUAUACGGAUCGCAGCCCACGGAUCGCAGACCACGGACGGCGUGGCUUCAGGACUGCGUGUGCCGGAUGGUGUCAGCCCGUGGCUGGGACGGCGGGGAGGCUGCCUGACUCUGGGGUCUUCCUGUGAAUUAUCCACGAGUGGCCCCCAACCAAGGAGCCGCGUCUUACGUUACUGAAUUUGUGGAUGUAAGAGAGUCGACUGAUGUAAAAUACUAAUAUAUUAAUAAAUUAUGCUGUUUAUU